AUGCUGGCAGGAGGAGGAGUUGGCCUGGGUGCGGUAAUUCGUGACUCUAGCGGAAGAUUUAUUGCGGUGGCGGUGAAGAAAGUCCGAGGGAAUCAUUGUGUGGAUCUUGCAGAGGCGCUUGCGCCAGAAUUUGGGAUUCAGCUCGCUAAUCGGCUUGGAUGUGUUCGGAUUUCCCUUGAAGUUGAUUCUUUAAAUCUUGUGCGCCAUUUGCAGAAGGAGGAUGAGGCCAUCUCCGAGCUAGGAGUCAUUUGUCGAAGUAUUUUGCAGAAAUUGAAACAGCCAGGUGGCUCGGGAGGGAUUAUUAGCCAUGUUCGGCGGGAAACGAAUAAUGCGGCACAUAUCAUGGCUCAUAGUGAGUCUAGAUGGGAUAUGCGAGAAGUUUGGUUAGAUAGAGCACCAAUCUUUCUCUUGGACCAGCUUCGACUGGAUGAUGUAACUAUUGAGCUGAUUUAA